ACCAAACUACUGUUGUGACGACUGUUGCUUUGUGAACACAUGAUUGACGCGGCCGCCAUUUUCCCGUUGGACUGCUUCCCAUUGUGGAUAAAAAUACAGACAAGCUAAACCUUUCUCACGACUUCUACCUACUUUUCCUCAAGGUGAAUCGCCAUGGCCCGUACAAAGCAGACUGCCCGUAAGUCCACUGGAGGAAAAGCUCCUCGUAAGCAGCUGGCCACAAAGGCCGCUCGUAAAAGCGCUCCCUCUACUGGAGGAGUCAAGAAGCCCCAUCGCUACAGGCCUGGCACUGUGGCUCUCCGUGAGAUCCGUCGUUAUCAGAAGUCCACUGAGCUGCUGAUCCGGAAAUUGCCGUUCCAACGUCUGGUCAGAGAAAUCGCCCAGGACUUCAAGACCGACCUGCGCUUCCAGAGCGCUGCCAUCGGGGCUCUGCAGGAGGCCAGCGAGGCUUACCUGGUGGGUCUUUUUGAGGACACCAACCUGUGUGCGAUCCACGCCAAGCGUGUGACCAUCAUGCCCAAAGACAUCCAGCUGGCCCGUCGUAUCCGUGGAGAGCGCGCUUAAAUUUUCCUCCCCCUGACCUCCCCCCCUCCCUUUACCUGUUUUAGAAGUGUUUCAAAAAGAUGAUUAAAAUUAUGAGGAAAGCAAAGAGACCUCAUGUAUCUCGUUUGCGUUGUGCUGAUGUUUUAGGGGAGUUUUAGAGCUUUAGAGUAGAUAUGAAGAGGAGCAGAGGUAAUGGUGCUACUCAAACUUACCUCCAUGACUUUUACACAGUGUCCAGACUGGAUUCUGUGCAUUCUGUUGUGGUUCAGUGUGUGCUUUUGUUUUGCUAUUACCAUGCAUGUAAAGCCAUAUUUUAAAUUUGACUAAAUAUUAUAAGCAAAAUAAAAAGGAAUCAAAUGAGAAGUAGUUUAAUUUGGUUUUAAGUACAUUUGUCUCCUUUUAUUAAACCAAACUCCAUGAGGCAUGCAUGUUUUGAUUUUGCCCUUUUUGGCCUUCCCUUUUUAAACUGUCAUUGUCAGACCUUUCUCAGGUUGAUUAAGUUUAUUUUUACUUAAUUUGACGAUGUGUGAAUUAGCAGUGUCUGUACAUUUUAACUGUGUCUGAAAUAAAUGAGUGAACACUUCA